GAAUAUGUCAAUUGAGAUGUUAAAAACAUCUUAAUGUCAAUAUUAUCAUAAGGAUCGUUUAAAAAAAAUGUCAACUGAUUCCUUGAGCGACAGCGAAGAUGAAGGAUAUAGGGAUUGGGGAAAGUUCCUCAAAAAUCGUAUUUGCGAAGACGAUCUGCCAGGGAUAAUAAAUAAUAAACUACUAGAGGAUAUUUUACAUAAACAAAUGGAAGGAAGUGAGAUCGGAAGACUAAUGCUUGAGGAUGGCAUAAGUUUCGAAAAAGUUACCGAAAUAAGAAUUGAGUUUUGUAAUAUACUUCGAAUUGAUCACAUAUGGAUGAUGAAAAAUUUGAAAACAUUGAAAAUGGACAACAAUUACAUAGAAAAAAUUGAGAAUUUAGAAAGCCUCACCCAACUCAUAGAGUUGGAUCUAUCUUUCAAUAAAAUAACCAAAAUAGAAAAUUUAGAUAGCCUGAUCAAUCUGAGAAAGCUAUCUUUGUUUGACAAUGCAAUUAGUAAAAUAGAAAACUUGGAUAAACUAAAACAACUCACAAUCUUCAGCAUAGGUAAAAACUUCAUAUCUGAUUGGAAAGAUAUUGUCUAUCUGAGAAGAUUGCCUCAGUUACGAUCUCUCAAUAUGGCCGAAAAUUCUUGCUGCGCAGAGAAGGAUUUCAAGUAUUACGUUGCGACUUACUUGCCUAAUCUGGAAUACUACGAAUAUCGAUAUAUUACAAAAAUUGAGAGACAAAUUGGCGAUGACAUAUUCCAUGAUGAUUAUCUCAUGAUGCUAGAAGAAGAAAAAGUUGAACUCGAAACGAAAUACAAUCUUGAAAGAGAAGAAUACGAAGGCCGGAUGAACGCCAAAAGCUUUGUUGAAUAUUUGAACACACGCAAAUUUUUCGAUUCUCUUUUCGAGAAUGACCCAGAAGGAUCAGCUCUCUUGCUUAUUGGGGGCGACGUUACAAACUUGUACGUCAGUUACGAGGAAAAUAUUGUUGGUCUGUGCAAAGAUAUUUUUAAGAUGGGUCAAGAACAAUAUUCAAUAAGAAAUGAUAACUACAAUGAAUUCAACCAGAGCGUCAAAUCAAUACAGAAACAGAAUCAGGAUGAAGGAAUUGCCAUUAUGGAAUCUUUUCUGGAAGAGAAAACAAAAAUAUUCGAUGAGUUGAAAGAUGUUCGAUGGCAGUUCAACGAUCUAGAUAAUUGGGAAUCACCAAGAAAAAUAAUCAGAGAAUUCAAACAUAAAUUUGAAGAAAUUUUUGAAUCAACAUGGAAGUCUUUGAUGAAACUAGAAGCAGUAUUUAAUGAGCAAAUAAUGGAGUUGAAUGAAACUUACGAACAGGUUCUAACAGAGAUGAUCAACAAUUUCGUAGAACAUGCUCAGGGAAUGUUUGUUACAAUGAGGGAAGUUGUGACCGACUUCAAUGACAAUCUCCAACAAAUUGCUCCGACGUACUACGCUACAGUGGUUUUAGAAGAGGAGGAAGCAGAAAAGGACAGAAUCGAAGCACUGAAGAAGAAAAAAGAGGAAGAAGAGGCUCGAAAGAAAGCUGAAGCCAAAGCUGCCAAAACUGGUAAAAAUAAAACUGAAGUAUUAAACGAUGCCGUUGACGAAAUUGGGAUCCAGAAAGAUCAGCUAUCUCAAAUUAAUGAUAUGGAGCCAGAGGCAACACCCAGGGAGAGAGUACCAUCAAAAUUGAGACCUUACGUUAAAGACAGAGAAACACUGGUGAAUGCAUUGGCUAGUUCCAGAGACGUUCACUUGUUAUUUGUCGAUAAUAGGGAAGAUUUACUUGUCUCAAGAGCAAGAGAAUGGCUACAGGAAACGAUAAAAGUUAUGAACGCGAAAGAAAUAACGAGGAAUCGUGAUAAAAUUUUAGAAAUAACGCAUUUCCUGAAAGUCCAGCAUAGAGAAUUCGAACAAUUACUGCACGAAUUACUGAGUGAUUCAGAGCUUUCGCUGCCUACAGAUGAUGUUCCAGUGGGAACCUCCAGCUAUAUGCUGUUUACACAGAACAUGGAAAACGAGUGAUGAAUUUUGAUAAUCAUAUAUGCAUAGUUUUAAGAUUUAUGUUCUUCAUUUUUCAAUAAAAUAUAAUGACGAA